UCAUUGGAUGGUCGUGCCUAGCACUUGGUCCAAUAGGAAAAGACGCUGAAAGUCUCAAUACAUGUUUCAGCUGUCUUUGCUCAGCCAGAACUAUUCACCCAAGUCCCUGGCCGUGCCGACAAGCCGUGAGUAACCAAGUAACUAAGUAACAUAACGUCAGCUGUGUGCAACAUCACAAUGGUGAGUCCUACGCAUCAGUUUCAUCUAGCAGACUACGUGGUGUUUAGUUUGACUAUCGUAGUAUCACUGGGUAUAGGGGCGUACUAUGCCGUGAAGGGACGACGCAAGUCCAGUGCUUCUGAAUACCUAGUAGGUGGACGCAAGAUGAAGAUCAUUCCUGUUGCUCUGUCUCUCAUGGUGUCCUUCGAGUCCUCCAUCAUGAUGCUUGGGUUCCCUGCUGAAGUGUACAUCUAUGGAAUCAUGUUCUGGCUCAGCACGUUCGGCUUCAUGUUCGCCAACCUGAUCGGUACCCGCCUGAUCGUGCCCAUGGUGCAUCCACUCAGGCUAACCAGCGCCUACGAGUACCUACAGCUGAGGUUCAAGUCCAGGAUGAUCCGGCAACUCGGAACCACGCUGGCAUAUCUCAGUACGUUGUUCUAUAUGGGCAUUGUAUUGUUUGGGCCGGCAAUAGCACUGGAGGCAGUGACAGGGUUUCCUCUUGCUGGUUCCAUGGCGGUGGUAGCGUGCGCCUCGGUGUGUUAUACAACGAUCGGAGGAUUCAAGGCUGUUAUCUGGACGGACGUUUUCCAGACGGUUGUCAUGCUCACCGGAAUGUUCGCAAUUCUCAUCAAGGGGACAAUGGAAGUUGGGGGACCAACUGAAAUGUGGAACAUCAACUAUCAAAAUGGCCGACUUAAUUUUUUCGACUUCAACCCCGACCCAACAGUUCGCCACACCUUCUGGAGCUUGUUUCUGGGGUCCAGCGUCAGGAUGAUCGGACUGACCAUCGGUCAGGCUGCCAUCCAGCGUAUCUCCUCCACGCCAACCGAGCUGCAGGCCAAGAAAGUUUUGCUCAUCACUGGUCCCGCCUUCUUCAUCACCCUGUCCCUGGCAACCUUGGAAGGGCUGGUGGCGUUCGCCUACUACUACGACAAAGGCUGUGAUCCUCUCAAGUCCAAACAAAUCACAAACCCUAACCAGAUCAUUCCGUUUAUGGUGAUGGACAUCUUCCGGAAUUUGCCAGGCAUGCCGGGACUGUUCAUGGCGGCUUUAUUCAGCGCCUCUCUGAGCACGCUGUCGUCGGGCCUCAGUGGAUUGUCUGCACAGACCUGGGAGGACUACGUCAAACCGUAUGUGAAGAAUCCUACCGAGAUGAAGGCCACGAUCAUAGCCAAGUGUUCAGUGGUGGCGUGUGGAGGCGUGUGUGUAGCCAUCUCGCUGCUCAUCGCCAAGAUCGGCGGGACAUUGUCACAGAUAUCCUUCAGUCUGCUGGCUGCCUUUUCCGGCCCUGCCACGGGCCUGUUUAUCCUGGGAGCAUUCAUACCGUGGGCGAAUAUCCAGGGGGCAUUCGUGGCAACAGUCACAGGAGCAGUGUUCAUCUUCUGGAUCUCCAUCGGGUCCUACAUGUCUACUACAAAGCGGAAGACGCCCUGGCUUCCCCUAGGGCCGACAGACAGAUGCCAAGUCGACAACGUCACUUAUAUUAGCGGCAUCAGCGACACCACGCCUGACAUCUUUGUGACGACACAGGCCUACUCCCCAGAAGGCCUUGACAAGUUGUACUCCAUGUCCUAUAUGUGGUUCGGGGCACUUGGCAUAUUUUUUGUUAUAGUAACUGGGGCUAUAGCCAGCUACAUGUUCAAUGGCUGCCGGACGACCAAGAUGGCAGACACUCGGUACUUGGUAUCUGUGGUGGAUCAGUUAUUCUGCUGUCUCCCGGAACCCAUCAAGCUCUUCUUCAGAUGUGGUGUGGACUAUUCAGCUGCAGUGCGUGUUCCUGAGUCCUCCUCAAAGGCAGAAAUGUACCACACCAGUGUGGACAUCCCCGAGGAGGAUGAACCCCUUCGCCAUCCAGAGGAGGAACAUAGUCAGCAGCAGACCAACCACAUCCAGAUGCCGCAUCAAUCGGGGGACGGGCCUGAAUCAGAUCGCCGACCUCUGAUUGAUACUGACCUGUUCAAUCCACACCAAAAUCAAGAUAGAAAUGAACCCAUCUUUUAUCAAGGCAAUGAUGGGGAGACAUCAAGUCCAGACCAAACCCAAGAUAAUAAAGAAUCAUUUCCAGACCAAACCCAAGAUAAUGAGGAAUCAUUUCCAGACCGAUCCCAAGAUAAUGAGGAAUCAUUUCCAGACCAAACCCAAGGUAAUGAGGAAUCAUUUCCAGACCAAACCCAAGAUAAUGAGGAAUCAUUUCCAGACCGAUCCCAAGAUAAUGAGGAAUCAUUUCCAGACCAAACCCAAGAUAAUGAGGAAUCAUUUCCAGACCAAACCCAAGAUAAUGAAGAAUCAUUUCCAGACCAAACCCAAGAUAAUGAGGAAUCAUUUCCAGACCAAUCCCAAGAUAAUGAGGAAUCAUUUCCAGACCAAUCCCAAGAUACGGUGAAUCGAAACCUUGACCAAUCGCAUAAGGCAGAGGACCCAAGUCUAGACCAAAUUCACGAGGGGGAGAAGCAAAGUCUACUACCAACGCAGACGAAGGACGAGCCAUGUCCCGACCAAACCCCCGGGAAGACGGAGCCACGUCUAGAUCAAGCUUCACGUACAGAGGAGCCAAUGCGCGAUCCGAAUCUAGAGAGAGGUAACACAAGCAGAGCUCAAAUUCCAGAUCCAGCGGAUGACUGUCCCCACUCAGAGGUGACUAAACCCUAGGAAAAACCUGAUGUUCAACAAUCUGUAGAAGAAGUAUUAUAGUUCAUUGAACGUUUUCCCAUAAACAUGGAGAGACGGCAAUAACUGACAGCCGCAGUGGGGGCUACUAGAGCUACAUGGACGGGGAUGGUCGAUACAGCCCGGACGUUAGAGAAUGGGUUACUGACGUCAGAUGUCUUUGCAAAUAUUAAUAACAAUGUACAUUUUACUCAAGAUAACACAUGUUGAGAUGUGAAGACGGACAGUGAGCACAGCACAAGUUGAUGUUGUUGUGAAGGAUUUGCGAUAGGAACGUUGCAACAACACUCCAUUCUUCUCAUGUCAGUAGAACUAUGGAUAUCUUUUUCAUUGAUACAAGUGAAAAUGGCUAUUAGUAAAGAACAGGAUGACGCGUAUACCCACAACGCUACAUGAUGCUGGUGAAUGGUUUAUGAGUGCCUGUGUCACGCCAAUAUCGUAAUGAUUACAGAUUGUUCAUGUUUC